AUGUCUUUUGUGGAUUAUAUCAGGCUAGAUCAAGAAAUCCUCACAGGUGCCGCUAGUCGUGUGCAACGCCUCAGAAUGUAUCCAUAUUUUGAUUUGGCACAUUAUAUACUUAUGACAAUAUCAGUUCGGGACGAUCUAGGGACUGGAGCAUCACUGUUUUCUCGGAAACAUCCCUUGAGUUGUUGGCUUUCGUCAAUGCUAAUGUGCUUUGCGGGUAGCAUCUCGGCUAAUUUCUUUUUGGGAGAACCAGUGAUCGCACCUUUUAAACGACAUGAUGACAUUUUGCUGGCUACUCUUGUUUGGUAUUUCGUAUUUUAUUCUCCAUUCGAUAUAGUCUAUAAAGUGUCAAAGCUCCUACCGAUCAAAGUUGUUCUGUCCAUAUUGAAAGAAGUUCGAAGGACGUCCAAGGUAGCACAUGGUGUGUUGCAUGCGUCGAAGUUGUACCCAAGUUCUUAUCUCGUGCAUAUUCUGGUAGGAACAGCCAAAGGAGCCGGGUCAGGAAUUUUGCGAACAGUAGAACAGUUGGUGAGAGGUGUAUGGAUACCAGCACAUAACGAAGUACUUCGACCAUCCUUUUCAACCAAAGCUUGUUGCGUUGCAUCGGUGAUUCUCGUAAUUGAAAGGCAUUCCCGAUAUAUCUCUGCUCCUCACGAUAUCAUUUAUUUGGGUAUUGCUGGCUUCUUUGUUUAUUUCAAGUUGAGUGCCAUAUUACUAAACGUUCAGGAUCCUUUCGCACCGUUCGAGAAUCUUUUUUGUGCCGUAUUUAUGGGUGGUAUUUGGGAUGCAAUGUCUCGCGCAAUCAUGGCCAGCCGAGAACGAAGAGCAGUUGGUCAGAAGGCAGAAAAUGGUGCUUUACCUGCAGAACCAAAGAAAGACCAAUGA